AUGGCGAAGCAGAAGUCUUCCGUUCGCCCCUGUCCUCAGGAGUGCGGCUUCACGCUUCACGAAAAGGACCAGCACGAAGCAUGCCCCGUCUGCCUUGGAAUUGUCCACGCCAGAAGAGCGUUGUCGGAGCCGACCGCUUGUGCUUUUUGUAGCCAGCUUCAGCGCUCCACGCUUGAACGGCGGGUCAAGUUUGUGCAGAAAGUGCUGGGAGAGGCUACCGUGUCACAACAAGACCCCUUGCUGUCCGAGUCUAGGAAUCCGGUUUCGUCCGAGUCUGACGAGGAUGAAGGGGCCAAAGCUUCCACUUCCAGCUGGGCAGCCCCUGCUUCCAGCUGGGCAGACCAUAUGGAGUAUGUGGACGGGUUAGCCGAAACGGUACAGGACGCAGCGCCAUCUCAUUAUCACCUCGAGGCUCAGGGUGAUGAUGACGUGCUAGACAUCGGCCUGGAAAGUCACAGUCUUUCGGAAGAUGAUGACGACUUUUCCGCGGGUCAGUGUCCAUCUGCUGCCGCUUCAUCCCCGGUGGGUCAGGACGACACAUCGUUCCUUUCCCUUUGCCGUCGUGCAGCUGAUAAGUUAGACGUCGAGUGGCCCACCCCUCCUCCUGCUCAGAAGGUGUCCCGUUUCACUGGAUUCUACCUUCCGAGGGAGCCAGCUGCGGUUAAAAACCGCCUGCCCAUGUUCCCAGAUUUUGUCUCGGAGCUAACGUCGUCCUGGAACAAACCGUUGUCCACGCGUGUUACAGUGCCUGGCUACGGGCAGUAUGUGGACCUGGAGGGUGCUGACAAAGCGGGUCUGGUUAAUUUACCACCGAUGGAGGCGUCCUUGGCAGCUUACCUGGCGCCAUCAUACAACCAUGGUGUGGGCGGCUCUGCCACCUUGCCCUCAAAACAAUGCAGGUUUUCCGCAUCUCAGUUGGAGAAGACCUAUCGCGCUCAAGCAACCACUGCUCGCUCCCUGAGCUCGGCCACCAUGCUUCAAACUUAUCAAGCUAUGUGCUUGUCCGAGCUAGGGGCUCAGAUGCCUCCUGAUAGCCAUCUGAUCCCCCUCUUAAAUGAGAUCAGAAUCACUGCUGAUUAUAUUCUUCGCACAUCCCGCUGUGCUGCGCUCUCACUGGGGAGGGGGAUGGCUUCCACAGUGGUUGCUCAGAGACACUUAUGGCUAACGCUUUCUGACGUUCCCGAUAGGGACAGGGCCAUAUACCUGGAUGAGCCGGUGUCAACAGAUGGGCUUUUUGGGCAGUCCCUUGAUGCAAUCCAAGCGAAGUUCGAGCUUAAGAAAAAGCAAACUGAAGCUCUUCGUUGCAUCAUUCCCAGACGUGACGCUAGGUCCAGGUCCAACAUGAGCGCACGCAAGCCGAGUGCAAUUCCUUUGCCAAAAAAUCAAGAUCAAAGCACUGUGUGCCACAGCGUGCACAACAGUCAAACGGAGCUACUCCUCUCCAUCCCAGCAGAGGGCAGCACCUCCCCAACAGUGCAUCAGGUCAGCAGUCUGGCUGCACGCGUACCCUUUUGGCGCGCAUGCGCACUUUCCCCAUGGAUAGAAAGGACCGUUGCUACGGGUUACCGGUUGCAGUUCCGGAUAAGACCGCCCAGGUUCCAAUCAGUUAUAAACACAACUGUGGGGACCGAAGCAGCCAGAGUUCUGAGAGACGAAAUAAACACGUUGUUGGCAAAAGGAGCAGUGCGUGUGGUUCCCGCUUCGGAAGCAAAAAGAGGUUGGUACAGCCGCUAUUUUGUUGUUCCGAAGAAGGGAGGUGGGCUACGUCCCAUCCUGGAUUUAAGAGUGUUAAACAAGCACCUUCGCAAGUUCAAAUUCAAAAUGUUGACGCUGAGGCAACUUUUGAACGCAGUCGGCCCAGGGGAUUGGUUUGCAACAAUCGAUCUGACGGAUGCUUACUUUCACGUGGCAAUACACCCAGAACACAGACGUUUUCUGAGGUUUGCUUUCGAGGGAAUAGCGUACGAGUACCUGGUCUUACCCUUCGGUCUGUCUCUUGCCCCUCGCACAUUUAUGAAAAUUGUGGAGACAGCGCUAGCCCCUCUCAGAGAAAAGGGAAUUCGCAUUCUGGCUUAUCUGGACGACUGGGCUUUAAUAGCCAGUUCCAGAGAGCAGGCUGCAGAACAGCUGCCGCAGGUGCUGUCCCACAUUCAAGCGCUGGGUUUCUCGGUAAACUUUCAAAAAAGUUCACUGAACCCGAGUCAACAGUUCUCAUUCCUGGGGCUGGAAAUAUGCUCCCUGUCAGCUCGAGCUCGUCUCUCAGAGCAUCGUGUGACCGCAUUUCAUCGAUGCCUAGCUCAGUUUCAGUUGGGGUGCAAACUGCGCUUUCAGACUGUCUUGCGGCUGAUGGGAAUAAUGGCCUCCAUGAUCGCAGUGGUGCCACUCGGACUGUUGAAAAUGCGCCCAAUACAGCGGUGGACACGCUCUCACCGGCUGUGCACGUCACGGCACCUGCACAGAAGGCUGACGAUAACUGCUUCUUGCAUGUCAGCCCUUCGCCCAUGGAGAGAGCCCGGUCUGCUAUACCGUGGGUCUCCAAUCGGCAGGGUGUCCUUUCGCAAAGUGUUGUCCACAGAUGCCUCUCUGAAGGGGUGGGGGGCAAUAUGCGAUGGCGUUGCGGUGAGGGGGGUCUGGACAUUAUCCCAAUCCAAGCUCCACAUAAACUACCUGGAGUUGCGAGCUGUCCUGCUAGCUCUGAGGCAUUUUUGCAAGGUUCUGAUGAACCAGCAUGUUCUGAUAAGGACAGACAACACCACUGUGGUGUCCUACAUAAACAGACAAGGGGGCACUCAUUCACUUCCCUUGCUGAAAUUAUCUCACAGACUAUUGCAGUGGUGCAGCAUUCAUUUUCUGUCUGUCAAAGCAACUCAUAUUCCAGGACACCUGAAUUUGGGGGCGGAUCUGCUGUCAAGGGGAGGCCCACUGGUGAGGGAGUGGAGACUACAUCCAUCCGUGGUUGUACAGAUUUGGCGAAGGUUCGGCAAAGCUUCAGUGGAUCUCUUUGCCACCAAAGCCAACACCCACUGUCCCCUAUUCUUUUCCAUAACGGAUCACAGCGCUCCACUGGGAGUGGAUGCCCUGGCUCACCCAUGGCCCAAUGUGCUUCUGUAUGCAUUUCCCCCAGUGGAAAUUAUUCUGCCAGUGCUAGAGAGAGUACGCAGAUGGGGCCUGUCCUUGAUUCUGGUGGCCCCUCGUUGGCCAGCAAAGUCAUGGUAUGCAGAAAUAAUCAGCUUGCUGGUGAUGAAGCCCUGGAAACUCCCCGCCCGCAGGGAUCUCCUCUCCCAGGCAGGGGGGGAAGUAUUUCAUCCACACCCAGAAUUGUGGAUGCUACAUGCCUACCUGCUGAGAGGUCCAGCUUGUUAGCUAGAGGCCUUCCUUUAGAUGUGGUUGCAACCAUUCAGAGCUCCAGAGCAGCUUCCACGAGGGGGUUAUAUGCGUAUAAGUGGCGUGUUUUUGAACAGUGGUGUCACAGCAAAAGCAUUUCUCCCUUCCAGUGCUCCAUUGUGGAUGUUUUGACAUUCCUACAGGAGCUAGUGGAUAAGGGUCUCUCGUUCUCCACAAUUAAAGUUUACUUGGCUUCCAUCU